GAUCUCAAUCCCAUUGAGCACGUCUGGGACCUGUUGGAUCGGAGGAUGAGGGCUAGGGCCAUUCCCUCCAGAAAUAUCCGGUAACUUGCAAGUGCCUUGGUGGAAGAGUGGGGUAACAUCUCAAUGUUCUAAUUGUGUUCUAUUUUUUUUAUAAACACCCAGCAAACACAGAACGUUCUCCUAAUGUUAGCAUAAGGUUCCAGUUUGGUUAUUUUCUGGAACCAAUUCCUUACGUUAUAGGAACGUUCUCUUGAGGGUUUUUAUGUAACCAUACAAAUAAAAUAUUAUCAUGAAGAGUUGCUGUGCAGAUAACAUUUCAAAAGCCAUGUUCAAGCCAUCGGAUAUUGAUAGUCAGUUAUGUAUAAUGACAGAUAUAUACAUUGUCAACAUCAAUACCAGUUAAUUGAAAGACUCAAAAACAAGUCAAGGCAUCACAUAAGAUUUUUCACACACAUUGAGUGGCCAAUUAAUGUCAUUUAAUUACAUUUAUUAAAUGUUAUAUUAUACAUUCUAAAGAGAGUUGCAUUUAUUCGGUAAAUAGAUGAGCGUCGAGCGCGUUUGUGUCGCGUGGCCUUUGAACCCUUUGUUGUGCGCCGGGUGACGUCAGCGGAGAGAGAGAGAGAGCGCGUGGCGUGCGUCCACACACACACACACACACAUACACACAGAGACAAAGACGGUGUACCGGAGGAACGGGAGGCAGCAGCGCGUUAGUCCUCUCCAGUGUUCCACGCGUGGAAAAGUCUAGAAAAACAUGAGCGACACCGAGGCGGCACGUCUGAUUUAAAGGCACAGGGGCGUUUGAUGUGUACCGCUAAUGCUUUUAAAGUACGAGUCUUUUCUUCAACGCCCCCCCAAAACAAUUAGCAGCUCCGCUAGCGGUUAGCCAUCCUCAGCCUCAUCAUCGACCAGAAAACACCGAGAUAACAGCAUCUGGCAGCGCGCGAGGAUAUAAGAAAGCGGUUGUUGUGUUGUCUGAUGCACACACACGGGCACAACAAUGCCUAGCCCCCUGUUCCACCCUGACAUCAUGGAUCACGAUAUGGUUGUGAGCAGCACCGGCCAGUCCAGCGGGGUCACCCUGCCGCUCGCCCGGGACACAGAGCCGGAAUCCCGGGACGAGGAUCAUCAGGGGGUGCUGCGCUUCGCCCUGGAUCAGCUCUCACUCAUGGCGCUGGAUAAAGUCGACUGUUUGGACGGAACAUCAUCGGGCAGUGAGAACUUGAACGGAGGCGGUGGUUAUGUGGACCUGCAGAUGCAUCCGAACGGGUCACGGGAGUCUCCCAGCUCCUGCUCGCCCUCUCCGGAGUACUACGGCUCGGGAGGAGGCGGCGGAGGAUACCACAUGGCCGGCCCGCACCAGCUCCCCAUUCUCGGGGAACAAAGCUCCGUGCUCCGCAAGAGGAGUGUCAACAUGACCGAGUGCGUGCCCGUGCCCACGUCAGAGCAUGUGGCGGAAAUUGUGGGCAGACAAGGUUGCAAGAUCAAAGCUUUACGUGCAAAAACAAACACUUACAUCAAGACGCCCGUGAGAGGAGAAGAAUCCGUGUUUAUCGUGACGGGUCGCCGUGAAGACGUCGAAAUGGCCAAACGAGAGAUCAUUUCGGCGGCAGAGCACUUCUCCAUGAUACGAGCGUCACGCUGUAAAGCGGGCGGCGGCAGCGGGCCCGGGACGGGUGGAUCUCUCCCUGGACCUCCAAACCUCCCGGGACAGACCACUAUCCAGGUGCGCGUGCCCUAUAGAGUCGUUGGUCUGGUGGUCGGACCCAAAGGUGCCACAAUCAAACGCAUCCAACAGCAGACACACACCUAUAUCGUGACGCCAAGCCGCGAGAAAGAUCCAGUGUUUGAGGUGACAGGAAUGCCGGAGAACGUCGAUCGAGCACGAGAAGAAAUCGAAACACACAUCACGCUCCGCACGGGUGCGUUUGUGGACCUGCAAGGCGACAACGACUUCCACAGCAAUGGUACUGAUGUGAGUUUGGAAGGUCUCGGUGCGUUGGGGCUCAGCGCUACUCUGUGGUCGCGUGCCAGUCACUCUGCCCCGCCGCCUCCACCCCCUCUGCCUCCACCCUCUCUUCACCAUUCGACCCGCAAGUCGUCAUCCGCAUCCUACUCCAACAGCGCCCUGAGCUCCGACUCGUUCUCGGCGACACGGCGAGCCACAGACGGCGGGAGUCCCACGAGUCCAUUCAGUACAAGCAGCGCUGGUGGUAGCUUCUCAUUCGGCGGCGAUUCCACUCCAGUUCUGCCCGCCACGUCAGAAGACCUGGGCUUCGAGUUCAGUGCCGCCAACAUCUGGGCACCUUUCGCCAAAGGCAAUAAGCAGAAACAGCCACUUCGACGCAACAGUAGCGGGCUCAGCGGAGGAGCCGUUACCCCACGACUGUCACCCACCCUGCCCAUCGACCCCUCCAGUCUGGAUCACCCGCUUGCCCGCCGAGCGCAGAGUGACCCCCUUAGCACACUCUCCUGGCUACAAACGGGAUCAUUUUCGGGUGGUAGCAGUUGUAGCGGAGGAAGCACCACCGGUUACUCCUCCUGUUCAGCCUCCUCACUGCCCGGCGGAUCGCCCACUGAUUCCGAGGGAGGUGGCAGUGGCGUGGGCUUGGCAUCCACCAUGCUGGGUCGCCUGAAAGCAGGCAGUCUGGCUGGCAUUGUGCCUGGUGGCAGCAGGGACUGCUACUUAUGUUGCGAGAGUGAGGUAACGGCCGCUCUGGUCCCUUGCGGGCACAAUCUCUUCUGCAUGGAUUGCGCCGGGCAGAUAUGCCAGUCGCAAGAGGCAGAGUGUCCAGUGUGCCACACCUCCGCAACGCAAUGCAUCAGAAUCUUCUCUUAAUGCCCAGGCGAAGGUGCCCACAAUGCAAAUCCUCACAAUUAAAUACUGCCUUCAUAGGAUUGACAGUAAUUAUUAGAUAUGACACUAUUCUGAUUUAUUUACAAUAAUAAUAAUAAUUACUAUAAAGUUACUUAUCGACUCAAGUACUUGUCUCAGACUGCGUAAGCAGGUUUUUUUCUUGAAACUGAGCAAAGAAAUCCAGUGUCUUUAGCAUUCACACUCAUUCUGUCGUAUUUAAUGGUUAUUUUUCCACUCAUGCUUCCAUGCGACCGCAAAGGGUUGUUUUUCGCUUGAGACUUUUUCUACUUGCAGAUAUUUUUCGAAUUUAUGCUGCAUAAGUCUGCACUUUUUUCUAAUGUAUUGUUUGUUUAAGAGGGUUGGCAAUGCAGUUGUUUUUUAUUAUUUUUUUUAAAAUCUUGUGUUGCUGUUUUGCAUUUAAUUUAAUUUUUUUUAAAGCAGUCGACUACGUGCAUCACGCCCGUAACGACAACAACAAGAGCGUGCUUGGAAACACAAGACUGCAAAACCUGCACACUUGUUUAGACCAAAACAUUACAGAGAUAAUACCUGUUUUUAUUAUCAAUGAAGAAUGGAACAUUUAAUAUUUAUACACGUUAAGAGUUGAUAUCCGAUGUAAUAGUUAAUGUUGAAUCUAAAAUAGAUAGAAUAGUAUAUGUUAUGAAUAUCAUUACCGUGCUAGGAGUUUGUUUGCUACCUUGUUUUCUCUUUUGCCACACAACCUUAAAGCAUUCAUACUGUAAUAGAUGGUGCCAAAUGCGCCUUCUUCGUUGAUGUUUUUGGCGCCGAUGAUAAUGCAGACUAUCGUCAUUGUUUACGCCUGUGAACAAAACGUCACAUGUUAGUUCAUUCCAACUGUCUACACACCUAAACAGGGUUGCUAGAAUUUUUUUAAAAGACAGUGACAACUUUAUCUGUUACAAUUUUACUGUUCUUAGAGAUUUUUUUUGUGUUAAGACUAGCUGAUUGGUUGUGGAUGUGUGGGCAGACUUUUGCCACGCCCCUCUUCAAACCACAUGACUGAAUUAUAAUAUAGGUCUUUGUAACUACCCAAAUGUUUCUCUUUGUUUGGGAUUUGUGUGUGUGUGUGUGUUGAGAGUAUGGAGUUGUUUUUAAAUCGACUGUUGUAGAGCCAUCCCGCUUCAUGCACUGCGACACAUUGAAAUGUUCGUUUUUUUUUUUUUUUUUUUAAUUCACGAGGGGCCCAUCGCGGUCCCUUGGAGGCCAAGCAAGAGUAAAAGUCUUCCGGCCCUCGCGAGAGAAUUUAGUCUCAUUCUGAGGAUAAACCGUUACGAUCGCUUCCUGCGUACAGAGCAGCGCUCGCACUUACUACCAUCAUGGAUCUAUAUUUCCAUAAGCUGCCUGUGAACGUUGUUGUUUUGAUAAAUUAAUCAACUCUCAUAGCCCCUUUUGAAAGGUCUGUGACAAUUUACGUGACAAGCCAUGAAUUCAAACUCUAAAGGGCUUCCGGUUACACACUACAUACACUUCAGGUCGUAUCCCGUGUUAUUGCUAAUAAAAUAGGAUGUAUAGUCCCGACACAAUCCGUAUGGCAGCUAUAUCACCCAGGGCUUCCAUACAUUUAGUAAUGCGGAAUAAUUUCACUGACAGUUAAUCUUCCAUGCCGUCAGUUUUUCUGCAUUACAAGAGUGAAAACCUUUCUACCUAAACGUGGGACUUCGAACAAAUCUUGAAUGGGAAAAAAUUAUCGUUCAAGACUUUUGUUUUAAAUUUGGGUUGCAUGAUUUGUACAUAUCUAUGACAUUUUCUUUCUUUAGCGAAAUUGUGCUAGCCUCAUAAUUGGUCUGAUUUGAAAUGUGUAUGAGUUAAACCACUGCAGUUUUCUUAAUUUUUUGGACGUGUUGAAUAUUACGAAACAUAAACAUAGUGCCAGUCAGAAUUAAUUUCAAACUGAGACCAGUAAUUGAUGCCUUGGUGGUGUAGCUCGCUGCCGACGCGUUGUCUGUUAUUAAAGGUGCCCUGUUAAGGGCGAAGGAUACUUUCUGGUUUUCCACAUUCAACGCAAAUUUCGCCUUUAACACAGUAGCUAUGCACGGACUGUCCGCCUGCAUCAUGUUUUUUACUAGAUGCACGGACAGUUCGCGUCUUUGCGUAUCGUAGGUGCGUGCCCCUGCUGUUGACUGAUAAAAGGGUAAUCGACGUCAGUUUGUAGGCGAACCCAGAAUGCUUAUUCACCAUGGGUUCCCUCUGGAUAUUCCUAUGGGUUUCUAUAAUGUCUGUUUUGGAUUUGAGUAAAAUGAGGUGUGUGGUAUGUGCCUGCCGCUGUGCUUUUGUAACUGGAGCCAGCUGGUGCGUGAUAGCUGUGCAGUGUGUAAACCUCACUACCCUGGCCCUAAGAGGCACACUAGUGGCUGACCCCGGUUCGAAUCCCGCUCAGAGCGGGUCGAGCAGGACCGGUUAUAUUUUAACAGUACAGAGCGGUUCAGCUGUGAUGUCAAUUUGAAGUGAACCCGUAAUGUUAAUUCGCUACGUGUUCCCUCAGGAUUUUCCUAUGGGGUUUUGAAAUAUGAGGUCUAUGGUAAACAUUACUUGAAAGUACAACAUAUAUUACACACAGUCAUUCCUCAAACCUGAAACAUGAACUAGUUGCUAAUUAAGAACUACAACUACCACAAGCAUGCGAGUGUACAUGCCUGAUGUAACGGAAAAUUAUUGUAGUCCAUAUUUAGCAACUUGUUAGCAACAUUCUUUUUACUCCGCUUUAGAAUUCACAUUUGGGGUAUGAUUGUGUUGUAGAACAAAACGUCCAAGUAUCUUCAAGGAAUGUUUACCACAGACUUUAUUUACCUCAUAAAUCCAAAACGAGUUUGCAUUCAAAUGAGUAUACCGAGCGAUCGUCGAAAAUCGAAGUAUACCCGAGCCUCUAUAGAGAAAUGAAGAUUGUUUUCCAUACAGACCACACGUCUGUCUUGUUACAGGCUUUGUGUCUCCUCUAGUUCGCACUCUUCUUCCAAUUACAAUUUAUGUGGUUCUUUAAUAAGGACAUUAUGCUUCAAACAGCGUGGCUGCGAAGCUAUAAUCGUAAAAGUAUUUGUACAGAGAGCCAUGUUGUAUCUGAGCCGACCUUUUCCCUCUUUUGUCCCCAGGUUUGGUUUCACGGGAGCAUCAGGAAUAUUAUUGUGCGCUGAAGUUAGUUACUAAGUUAAGUUUUAAAAACCAGCCCCAAUGGAUUUUUCUGGUGAGGUAUGGUAGUGUAAUUUAAAAGGUUAAAAGGUACAAGAAACUAGCUGAAAGUGUUUUGUUUGGUGUUUUGUGUCUGUGGUUUUGGCAUGAAGGUCAAGUGACUAGUGAAGAAUCCGUCACAUUAGACCUGAGUUUUUAGAUUGACGCCACAGACCUGAAAAUGGGUUGUGUUCCUUUUUGUCCUCCAAGGGUUAAAAACAGGGUUUACUGAGAAGAUCUCAGGCAGUUUAGAAUCGGAAAGACGUCAAACGCUGUUGUCCCAUUAAUCAUUUUCGCCCUUAAACUCUAUUUUGCUUUAAUUCUUUUUGUACGCAGAACCAAAAGUUAUUUCAAUAAAGAAAUGUCAGGCCUAAUUGUAAAUAUCCUGAAUACAAUCACUGGGAUUUGUUUUCAAGAAGUACACAACUAAAAGGUUAAUGUAGUUUUUAAAACAUGUAUCAUUAUUUGUAAGUUAACUCUCUGCAUGUCUUGCAGCCAUCAGGCAUUAAUAAAUUUUUUUUUUACACAUUUUAUUUUUACAAUUUAUUUGCUUAUCUUGACAGAAAUGACCCAGAUUAUAAUGUGACCCUUUUAUUACAGCAAAUGUAUCUUUAUUUUCCAUAUUUCUGUUACCUGUGAACAACAUAUAGGCAAUUUAUAACAAAAUGAGAAAAAAUUAUUGAAGAAUUUUAAAAUUGAAAUAUAUUUUAUUUGAAAGUUUAUGGACCUUUUAACCGUGAGCUGGAACAAUUGUAUACACUUAUAAUUUGAGCUGACUGACGGUUCGAAGAAAUGUAUCAAGAGUUUUAUUUUUUAUGCUUCUUUAAUAAAAUCUUGUUUUUUGUUUCUGUUUUUGUACUGUAAAACAAUAGUCUUCUGUGUCCGAGUGUUUAUUUAAUUCCUGUAUAAAAGCAACAAAGUUAAGAAUGUUUAAUGUAAUGUAGGAUAGUAUAAUGUAUAAAGGAAUUAGUUUAGCUUUCCUUACAAAUUAAAUCAUCAGAGAACUUUAAUGGAUAAACAUAUUUUAAUUAAAUGAAACUAGCUGCAGUCAGACUUGGCCAGUUUUUAUUAUUAGUAGGCAGUAACGACUUUUCAAUGAGUUUUACCUGUUACAAAAUUUGGGAUGGUCUGAAUAUAGUUUAAAGCCAUAAUUUGAGGGAUUUCUAGUCUAGGUUAUCACUCAUUAGGGGCGAGUUAGUUUGGCACGACAUGUUGGUUUGUAUUAAAUUAUCAAGUGUUUUGACAAUUUUUCUGGUUACACUUUUGUUAACAUUAGUUAAUGAAUUGGGUAUUAAGCGCUAACCUGUUUUUAAAUCUUGGUUAAUGUUAAUUAAAAAUAUUUACUUUCAUUGAUUGUUCAAGCUAAUGUUAACGUAGCUUUUGACAAACAUUUUUUUUUUUUUAGUGUAUGUAGAAAUUUACAUUUGAUUUACCGAUAUUAAAAAAUGCUGUUCAAACAUUGAUCAAUGUUAGUUCAUGUUAACUGGGUUAACUAAUAUUAACCCUUAUGUUGUGUUCUGGUCAUUUUGACCCAGACAACUUUUUUUUCUUACGAUUUUUUCCUUUACAUAAUCCAAUUGGAAUAAAAUUAUUUGACUUUGUUCACACAUGGUAUCUGAAAACACACAAAAAAAUUGAACCAUUUUCUUUAAAUGUUUUGGGUUUUAUUUCACUUUGUUACACUUUUGUUCAUGGUCAAAAAUGAACGGCCAUUGGAAAUGAAUGGAUUAGACAACAGAAUACAGAAAUAUUAAGUGUUCAGGAGCAUCCUAGUCCUUUAGAUGAGCACAUAAUUUAUGUGGAUGUGUGUUUGUGCAAACACACUCUGUGUGUUGAGCGUGCUCUUGUGCAUGGUCUUUCCAUGUGCACUCUUUGAGGAAUAUUUCAAGAUCUACUCAUCAUAUUAUGUUGUGUUUGGGCUUGUUUGAAUCGGGAUCGUCUGCUGUAAGUGAUAUGUCAUUGUCUAUGUUAUAUGUAUGUUUCAGGAAUUAAUAAGGAAAAAUGUGACAAAGACACUCCUGUUUAUUAUAUUUAUGUGUGUCUGUGGGAAUUUCAUACACUAAAACUCACUGCAUUUUAACCUCUGGGUGAAUCAAAUUUGCUCAUUACAUUUUUCAAAUUGAGACCUUUCCAACGAUAUAUAACACAUGGCUAUCUCAUCUUCUUUAUGGUUUUACCAACUCUGAAUAUAAUUGUUGUGAUAACAAAUGUGCAAAUGAUGAGAACGAAACAGUUCUUAUUUGUCAGCUAAUUAAAAAGCAUUAUUUAAGAAUUGGUAGGAUCAGCUAUAUGCAUUAUAAAGUCCAGAUUCUAAGCUUACCUAUUUUUUCUUAAAAACCUAUUUUGUUCAGAUCAAGCAAGUGGUUAUUAAUUUACGAUGUAAUUAUUAUAUAUUAUAUAUUUUUUUGUUUUCCACAGGGAGUGUCCUCCUCUAGCUCAGUUCAAUGAAUCCUU